AUGGUGUUGUUGUUGAGAUGUAUAAGUGGCUCCAAGCCACAAUUGCGCUUGUUUAUAACGCGGAGCUUUCAUCACAAGAGGGUUUUAUGUCUUCCAUCAUAUUACCGUGUGAACAAAAGUGUUUGUCAUGGGUCUCCAUAUCCGCCAAUUUAUUUAGAAGCUCCCGUCUGUUAUUUUCGCACCAAUCACUACUUUCUCACGCAGAUUCAAGAGAAUAAGCGUGUUGAGCCCAUUGAAGUCCCCAAAUUAAAUAUAGAUGACGUUAAACUAGAAACAUCAGUUCCAAAGACAGAUAAAUUAACGUCUUCGGAACCUGACAACCGACUACCAGUAGAGCAACCUGAUGAAAAUAAGGUCAACAAACAACUUGCCAAGCCCUCUUUAUGGGCUCGUGUUAAAAAGGAGAUUAUUCAUUACUAUCAUGGAUUCAGACUACUUGGUCUUGAAGUCAGAAUUGCUUCUGGGAUUUGCUUCAGAGUUCUUCGAGGUCACACGCUAACCAGGAGGGAACGGAAACAGCUUGUUCGUACAGUGGCUGAUAUUAUACGCCUUGUACCAUUCGCCGUAUUUAUAAUUGUACCAUUUAUGGAGUUACUGCUUCCCUUUUACUUGAAGUUCUUCCCUUUUAUGCUUCCAAGCACAUUUAAAGAGAAGUCAUCUGAGGCCAACGCUAUUCAACAACGGUUAAAAGCUAAACUGGAACUAACCCGUUUUCUUCAAGAGACUAUGCUACAAACCACUGGGGCUAGCAAAGGAGAUCCUGAUACACCUUCUGUUGUUGAAUUCCAGGACUUCAUCAAGCAGUUGCAAAAAUCUGGUCAACAAGCCCAAGCCAAAGACAUUACUAGAUUUUCCAAGCUUUUUGAAGAUCAGGUGACGCUGGAAUCACUGGAUAACAAACAGCUUAGAAUGUUAUGUCAACUUCUUUCUCUUCCAACUAUGGGACCUAGUCAUCUGCUUAGAUUUCAGAUUUGGAUGCGUGUCAGGCAGUUAAAAGCUGAAGAUAGAUUGAUAGCAAAAGAAGGUGUCGAUAAGAUACCACCUUGGGAAUUACAAACCUUGUGUCAGGAGCGCGGUAUGCGUUCAGUCGGAUUGCCGAAAGAACGCCUCCAAUCACAACUUGUCGAAUGGCUCGAUCUACACUUAAAGCAGAAUGUACCACUCACACUUUUACUAUUCUCUCGUGCACUCCAUGUGUCUCAGGCAACAAUCGAUCAGAAUCCUCUACAACAGGCUAUUGCUCAAUUACCCGCUUCUGCAUCAUCAGAAGUAGUAGCUCGUGUUUUAGAAAACACUCCUCAUGAUGCACUCGAUCCUAAGACCAAAAUACAAGUGUUACGCGAAGAACAAGACAGUAUCAAGGCUGCAAGGGAACAGCGUAAACAAGAGUUAGCUGAAAAGGAGAAAGCUGAAGCUGAACAAGCCAAAGUUUCGUCAGCUGCUGUACUAGAAGAAUUAACUGAUCAAGCCCCAUUAUUGAAAGGUCUUAAACAUGAAGAACUUGACAAAGUUACACCUGUCGUGGUCGACCCAGCUACUAUUUUAUCACAGACCGCUGGUGUACAACCCAAGAGUAAAGAACCAGCUGCUGAGAUGAAACCUCCUGCUGAUAUGGGACAUCCUGCUCACUUAAAAGACGGUGUAUGCUUAAGUUGUUCAACUGAUGAACAGAAAACAUUAGAACCAGCCAAAGCUGAAGAUGUGACAGAGAUAACUGCUGGAGAUUUAGCUGAAAUUCGUUCAGCUAUUGAAAUUUCUACAUCUGAAUUACACGAGGAAACAAUACAUGACUUGAAGGAAAAAGUUGCCGAGACAGCAAAGUUACAACAACAACAUCAUGCAGAAUUUACUACCGCGGAACAAGUUUCAGAUAAACGAAAAUCAAAAGCUGCAGUUCAUUUGGAGUCUCGUGUUGAACGGUUAAUCAAAGAAAUGGAUACAAUGGUAGAUAAGCUGGAUGAUAAACGUCAAAAAUUGUUAAGAGAUAUUGAAAUUCGUGCUAAUCAUAUAAAAGAUUCAAUUGAAGAAGAGGAGCAGUCAAAAAUGAUUGAUGCAAUUAAAGCAGAUCAUCAACGUGUAGUAGAUAUGAAUGAUUUACUCGAAUCAUUGAAACGUAUUCAAAGUGUUCAUGAUCAUAAACGUUGGGAGAAAAUUUUAAAAGUUCUAGAUGAAGAUAAAGAUGGUAAAAUUGAAUUGAAACAUAUCCUAUCUGUGAUUGAACUUUUGGGUGAAGGGAAUGUCAAAGUUUCCAGUAAAGAAAUUACUCGUAUUCUUGAAAUGAUUGACAACGAAGAAUUGGCUAAUGCAAUCUCAUUAGAAUCAGAAUUAAAAGCAGAUAAAAGUAGUUCCAGUGCUUCGGUAGAAAAUUCCACUCAGGUUCCCUUAAAACAGAAAAACAAUAAUAAUAAGGACGACAGCGAACGCUCAAAAAGAGAAGAUAAUUAA